AUGUGUAUCUCCAUGCUGUCUCUUAUCCAAAAUGUUGGUACUCGGAUGAUCACACAGAGAUCCGAACUUGACGCAAGGAUCAUUCGUAUUUCCACUUUCUGUUUGUCACCAUACAUCGUUCAAGCCAGCGACUUUAACACAAAGCAUUUGCUGAUCGACAAGGAAGGGAACGUUCUAAGAGCUAAGAUAUGGCAACCAUUACCUUUUUACCACUACACGAACGAGUCGGGGAAGGACGCUAUCGUCAGGGACAAACUAAUACGCCAAAGUGAUGGAGCAAACGAUGCCCGGUAUGGGAAAGGUGUGUACGGAACAAGUCUGUCUCCUUCUGAAGGACUCAAGAAAAUAGCCUGGAACAACUGGGAUGGUAUUGUCAACAUAAACAAGGGCAUGCUGAUGAGGGCGUCAUGGGCAAUCAAGGUGGAGCUACCACAGUCCAGGGUUCGAGAAGUUGAUUCAAAGCGAGACAUCUUGAUUUACACUGGCGGUGACCUUGUACUUGUACCUGGCAAUUACGAGGUCAUCAAGGUUGCCUGAGCAAAGAGAAAACCGCGAUUUUGAUAAUGUAAUUUAAAGUUCCAUAUAUUCAAAAUUUUAUAAGAAGAUUCAAGCCACAGAUGGGUGAGAACAGAUGACUAUGUAUGCAUGAUGUUGAAAUCAGGACAUGUCGUCACUGCAGACAACAUCAUCAGUAUGUCACUUUCUGUCUUAUUUUGUCACUUCACUCAGCAGUAAACAUUGAUCUAUCAUU